UGUUCAAGCAGCUUUAGGUUUCAGAGGAUCCUGGACUGAAGUGUCCCCCCUCCCAUGGCGGUGUUACAAUGAAUAUGAAUAGCUGCUCCUUUGGUCGAUGGGACAGUGAAAGCGCAGCGCCGCGGAUAAUGGGCACGUCAUCCUAACGAGGUCUUUAUGAAUGGGGGCUUCUUUUGUUCCGGCUUCUCUCAGUCCGCACUAUAAAUGCCACAGUCCCGCGAUCGCUCUGCAAACAGCAGGUUGUUCAUCCUCGGAACCAAGUCGCUUUAUCAGUUACUGGUAACAGAACUCACUACGGAAACCGGGAAAGAGAAAGAGAGAGAGUGAGAGUACAUAACAGGGGAAAGAAAAUCAGGUGACAAAACAGGAGUGACUUAAAAGCAGAGGCAGAGUGAGAGAGAGACGGCCUCCCUACUCGAACCGAGGUGAUAAAAUGAAUUCAGACUCGGGCUCGAGCAGAUCCUCCUCGCCGGACGUGGACGAGAUGUACGCGCGCAAGACUUCCGCGUCCUCGGGCCAGAACGAGUUCACACCAAAGAUGAGCAGCGAGCACUUGUCGCGAGGCGCCGGCGCGGACAGGACCUCAGCGGGCGUCGGCGUCGGAGGCAAGUACAAGCUCAAGAAGCAAGUGACCGAGGAGGAGAUCCAGCAGCUGCGCCUGAAGAUCAACGGACGAGAGCGCAAACGCAUGCACGACCUGAACCUGGCCAUGGACGGCCUGAGAGAGGUUAUGCCGUACGCGCACGGGCCGUCGGUGAGAAAGUUGUCCAAGAUCGCCACGCUGCUGCUGGCGCGGAACUACAUCCUAAUGCUCAACAGCUCUCUGGACGAGAUGAAGAGGCUGGUGGGAGAGAUCUACGGCGGCAGCCAUCACGCAGCCUUCCACUGCGGCGCCGUGGCGAGCCACGGAGCCGCGCACGCGCCCGGUCCCGCAGCACCCACGGUGCACCACGCGCUGCUCGGAGGCGCUCUAGCACCGCCUACAGCACCUUCCGCCGCCGCGCUGUCUGCCGCUCUGCCCGCGCUCAGCUCCAUCCGGGCGCCUCAGACCUUGAUGAAAACGCCACCGACGCCUCCGCUCCAAGUUGGCAGCGGCUUCCAGCACUGGGCAGGACUGCCGUGUCCCUGUGCCAUCUGCCAGGUGCCGCCACCCGCCGCACACGUGCCCAUCGCCUCCACGGGACUCACGAGACUUUCCACCGACAAGGAGGCGAUGAAGUGACUAUAUCCGAAUGUCAUCAUGUAAAUUGUAUAUGGGCUGGACUCGCAGAAAAGUAACUUGCAUGAUGUGUAUUGUUUGUAUAUUUGCUCUUUUGUUUCUUUUUCACGAAAUCUGAAUUCACUCCUUGUAACAAGGAUCUCGUCCAACGCAUUGUAAAUGAAUUGCUUGCGCGUACUUAAUCCCCUGUAAAUAAUCCGCAGGCACCAGAAGACUUACGUGUUUAAAUGUUAGCUGCGCUUUAAACUGUUGCAUUGUUGCUGGGAGGCUGCGAGCAGCACCACUUGUUGAUGCUGAAGCUGGGAGGAGAGCUGGAUGCGCGUCUUUACGCAGGAGUGCAGAAGGGAGUUCCUGAAGUGCCGUGCGUUCCUUGUAACAAGGAUAGUCAAAGUCUCACAGGAUCAAAUUGUGUGGCUGGGUUUUGAGUUUGAACAAAAAAAAAACGUAUGUUUUUGUUUGUUUGUUUGACGAUUUACUGUAUGUUACUGCAGUGUGGAAGCAGGUCGACUCGGCGUGAUGCUUUGCUGUGCGCGUUCAUGUCUUUAAUCGGGUUUUUCUGCAUGACCAUCAGGUUAAAGCAGUUUAUAUACCUACAGCAUGGUUUUUCUUUUCUUUCUUUUUUUUUUUUUUGCAAAAUCAUUUUUUUUGCCAGAGACUACUGCCGUCUUUAUUUUUGUAAAUUCUUGAUGAUAAAUGAGAUAUUUAUUAUUGCCCAGUG